GCACAACAUCGAUGGCCGCAUGGCCAACGUACGCAGAACAGCAAUUAAAUGCAUUCCAGAUGGUGAGGGAUCUGGGGCUGGCAGUGGACUUGAAGAUGGAUUACAGGCGCGAUGGUGAGCUUGUGAUGGCUAGGAAGAUAGAGCAAUCGGUGAAAUGCUUGAUGGAACCAGAUAUCGAGGCGAGGAAGAGGGUGAAAGAGAUGAGCGAGAAUAGCAGAAAGGCUGUGAUGGAGGGUGGAUCUUGGCAUUCUUCACUUGGACGGUUGAUCGAGGCUUUGUUGCUGUCGCCUGUCGGCAAAUAAUGUAGAGCCUGGAAGGGAAAAUAAAUAUGUGCGAGCGUGUGAUUCGAUGAAAAAUGCAUGGAUGUUUUCGUGUUUCAAGGAUUGAGUUUUGUUGCUUCUGUGCAUCAUGAAAAUGGUGCUGUUAAAGCUAUUAUAUACCGUAAGUUUAGCAUGAUAAUGGAUUAAACAUUUUUCUUUCAAGUUUCAGUUGGAUGCAGCUAACGGAUCAUGAAAGUCUACUGCAGAUGUUGGAGUUUCGC